AUGGCUGUUGAGAGCUCACGUACCGAGUUCAAGGUCGUGGAGGCCGGACUCAGUCCUCAAGAGACCGUUCUAAGAUCAUCCUCGUCUUCGAUAUCUGAAGAGAGCCGGGAGGCAUUCCUCUCUUCAUUCACUGCAGAAGAAGACCGCAGAAUCAUGAGAAAAGUGGACAAGCGAUUCUUGUUGAUAAUCGGUCUCAUGUACAUGCUGAAAAAUGUCGACUACACAAACGCCGCCAGUGUCAAGGUCUUGCAAGUUGGGGAGCCUCGGAAUAUCUUGAUUGAGCUGGGCAUGACCGCCGAUCAAUAUAACUGGGUGCAAACGAUCUAUUUUAUCAGCUACAUCAUCUUCGAAGUUCCUAGUAAUCUUCUACUGAAGAAGAUGACGCCUCGACACUGGCAGUCUCGAAUCAUUGCGUCUUGGGGCCUUGUAUUGGCUUGUCACGCCGCAGUCACCAACAAGGAAGGUCUCUAUGCCGCUCGUUUCUUCCUCGGAAUGAUGGAGGCAGGACUAUUCCCGGGCCUUGCGGCUCAAUUGUGCAGCUGGUACCGGAGUGACGAAAUGGGUAAGCCGAUCAUGUGGAUGUUCGGCUUCCAGAACUGCUCGGGCAUAGUGGGAUCCAUCAUUGCUUAUGGUAUCUCGUAUAUGAAUGGUUUGAGUGGGCUAAGCGCCUGGCAAUGGGUCUACCUUCUCGAAGGCUUAUUCACGAUCUUGUUCGCCGGUGUUGUGUUCCUCGUUCUCCCUGACUACCCCAAAUCCAAACGAUCCUCCAAAUGGCUCACCUUGCGAGAGCAGGAGUAUCUUGAGCUCCGACUCACAGCCAACGCUCCACGCACGCACGAACCAGCCUUCCGCAAGGCUGAGGUGCUCACUUCUCUGCGAGAUCCUCGGACAUAUUCCUUCUGUUUGGCACAGAUCUUGAUGAAUCUGGGAGGUUACGCCCUUUCGUGGCAACUGCCAACGGUCACCACCAGCCUUGGAUUUACCGGUCUCCCCAGAAAUCAACUACUGAACAUCCCGCCGGCGGCCGCCUCGGUCCUAUCCAUCAUAUUUGCUGGCUGGUUCCUCAGUCGAGCCUACCUCACACGACCCGUCUUUAUCAUGUUUAUUUGUGCUGGUGCCUUGGCCUUUUUCAUUGUCCUGGCUGUCCAGGUUAGCCGGACAGCGACCUAUAUUGCUCUCAAGGGUGCCACCGGUACAGCCUUCACCCUGGCCUUCCAGUCUUGCAUUGGUCAGGUGGGUGGUGCUAUUGGACCACAACUAUUCCCAUCUCGCUUUGCGCACAAUGGCUACAAGACCUCGUUCAUUAUCUGUGCCGCUUCGAUAGGCGCAAGCUGGGUCGCAAAUCUCUGGACAUGGUAUCUAACAGAUGACACCGAGAAGGAGGUUCAAAGAGUCCGGCGACUGAGAAUCAAGGCGAACAAGGAGGGCGGAGUCUGGGCUGGCGAGGACGCAAAGCUGUGA